AUGUCAGAGGAGGAGCCAAGUUCACCGCAAGGUGACAGAGCACAAAGAUGCCCGGUUCAUUUGGCCUUUCCAGAUCUAGUCCGAUGUGACAAGUGUCAGGAAGUGCACAAGGACCUGCCGGCUGAAGGUAAGGCCCCAUUACCUGGACUCAAAAACAGUUUCCCAGUUGUGGCUGCUCAAAGUGACACACGCUUGGACCACCUGGAAUCGCAGCAUCCAGAUGGGGUGCUGGACUUUUACCAAAGAUUGGAGGAGAAACAUGGAAAGUAUCUCUUCGAGCGCAACGAGCAGCAGGAAGCGUUGGAGCUUGAGCGGCGAAAACUACAGCUCCAGCGAGAACGAACCAAGAAAGCCAAACAUGAUGCUGAGAGGGCAGUACUGGACGCAGAAUGGCGCGUCGCUGACGCAGAACGCUCUGUUGAAGAACGGCGAGCUCGCCGGGAGCAAGACUUGCAAGCCUUGGAAGUACAAGUCCGCCAGGCCGACAUUUUGUACGACGAAUCUGCCCGUGAAAUGAAAAAGCGCCUGGCUGAAGCUGAAGGUCUGAAAAUUGCAGAAGAGGCACAUUUGGCAGCGAGCCUUCGACUCUGGAAUGCAGCACGUGCCAAAACAGACGCGGCACGGAGAAGAUACGAAGAGGCGAAGGCAGCUGCUGCUCAAAGACUUUGUGCUCGGGAGAAGGAGAUUCAAGAGAUGGCGGAGGAAAUGGAUCGCCAGGAGGCGGAGGCUAAAGAGCAAGCGGAAGAGCACUUGCGCUUUGUCAAGGAGCAAUGUGAUGAGCAUGUGAAGGCUAUGCGAGUCCAAUCCUCCAAAAUCAAGGAGGCAGUGGCAGCAAACCUGCCGAUGGCUAUCAAGCGAACGGUCGCAGCGCAGGAGCUGACACAGCACCGGCGGCUCGCCGCACACGAGCGCCUGUCUCAAGAGCGUGGAGUUGCUGGGAUUCACACUACCGCGAUGGAAGAAGAUUGCAGCGCCAUGGUUCGAUGCAAAGAGGAGCGAGAAGAGAUCACCAGAAGGCACUUCGAAGAAUUUUGCAAAGGAACUGUGGCGGACAUGCACCAAACAGCAGAAGGAUGGCACGCUCAAGCUGAUCGCAGAUCUCUGUGUGACAAGGUCAGUUUGGAGCAGACCGCCUGGGUUUUGGGUCACCACUUCAAAUCUCGGUGGCAUUAUACGCCCUCCGUGGACUCCAAGGUUACCAACAUUCUGCAAGGAUGUUUGCAUGGCAGGGAUCCGAAGUCGGUUCUUCCUCAUCCAUCUCCAAGGUCGCUGGAGCCACCCGGAGAUUUGCCGCAAUUGCGACCUCGUCCUCUACCAAUGUUGGCAAAUGGAUUGGCAGGAAACCAGGGCACCUAG